UAUGUAAAAAUAUUUUAUUUCAAUCCACUAUUUGGAAUAUCACAUUUAGUUUUAUGCUAGUAGUUCUAUAUCUAGCGAAGAUGGUAGUUCUAGAAAGAGUCUAACUGUUUUCCGGAAGAAAACUAAUCUAACUACUGAAUUUGUUUUACUUUCAGCGAAAAAAUAUUCGCUUCAAAGUAAUAUCUAUGAUCGCAGGCAAGGCAUUACUCGUCUGAACUAGUCAAUCAGGAAGUAUCAGACCCUUUAUAAUUCAUUAUGACCAGAAUGGACCGCCGUGAGAAAAAGACUGUAAGGUAUCAUGAUUAUUAUUAGUUCUUUGAAAUCUCUGUCAUGUGAUACAGGAUUGCGGAAGUUUGGAAUACUGUCAACACGGUUACUACCAAACCAAAAGUUCCUUGUCAGACAUUCACCAUUAUUGUCCCAGAAAAUGGCUAGCUCAGACUUUAACGCUUUCCGAGAAAAGUUUGGUAAGGCUAAAAACAUCGUAGUACUGACUGGAGCCGGAGUGAGUGCGGAGAGCGGUGUCCCUACGUUUCGCGGCGCCGGUGGUCUAUGGAGAACAUUUGCAGCACAAGAUUUAGCAUCUCCAGAUGCAUUUAGUAGAAACCCCUCACUUGUCUGGGAAUUUUAUCAUUACCGACGGGAAGUAAUGGGUUCGAAGAGCCCUAACCCAGCUCACAUAGCCAUUGCUGAAUGUGAAAAGAGACUGAAGCCACAAAGUCGUGACGUUACUGUCAUUACUCAGAAUAUUGACGAACUGCAUUUCCGCUCCGGAUCUACGAAUAUCAUUGAACUUCAUGGAAACCUGUUUAAAACCAGAUGUACUCGAUGUCUAGAUGUAAAGUUUAACCGCGAUAGCCCUAUAUGUGAGGCAUUGGCAGGAAAGGGGGCCCCAGACCCCAAAGCUGAAGAUGCGCGUAUCCCUUUGGAAAAACUACCCAGGUGCACCAACAAAGAAUGCGGAGGGCUGCUUCGUCCUCAUGUUGUGUGGUUUGGUGAGAGUUUGAAUCAGUCUGUGCUCCGAGCAGCACAAGAAAAGCUGGACUCGUGUGACCUGUGUUUAGUGGUUGGAACUUCUUCGGUCGUCUACCCUGCUUGUUUAUUUGCCCCGGAAGUAGCCAUGCGUGGAGUGCCCGUCGCCGAAUUUAACGUGGAAGCUACAGAUGUUACAGACACCCUCGGAUUCCAUUUUCGUGGUCCCGCGGGAGAGUUGCUUCCGAAAGCACUGGCUCCACAUCCAGACGAAGUUAAAUAGAGGCAUCCAGACGAAAUUAAGUAGCGGCUUUUGAAAGUCAAGACUCCACAUUAAGACGAAAGGAAUAGAACUCGCAUGAAAAACGUAAAUUAUUGAAAGGGAGGAAGACUUUUAUUUUGUAUUGAAUUUUAUUGAUAAUGUUCUAGAUGUACUUGUAGUUGUACUUUAUUUAUUAAACACAGAGGUAGGAAAACCACUAUGUAUGUAGAUUUGACAAACCUGCAAGGUCUACAAAUGUUAAAGAGAUUAAAAAACAUUUUAUGAAAACCUAAUAUGUAUUUAGCGUUCUAAAGGGGACACGGGCAAACAGAACCCCCUCCAAGUAAUUGUGUAGCUUUGUGAUUAUCGCGUGCAUUGUUUUGUAAAUAUUCUAACAUGUGUUUGUGAACAAAAAUUUGAUUGAUUGAUUGAUUAAAUAUUGUUUAACGUC